AUGGGCUAUUCUCCAGAUACCGACAUCCCAGACCUUACAGGCAAGGUCAUAAUCGUGACUGGCGGUAGCAGUGGACUGGGUAAAGAAAGUGCUCUCCAACUGGCCAAACACAACCCAGCAGCUAUUUAUCUUACUGCAAGAACAGAAGGCCGUGCCAACGCCGCCAUUCAAGAAAUCAACCAGGCUGUACCUGCAUCCAAAGGCAAGAUCAAGUUUCUGGAGCUCGAUUUGGGGUCUUUCAAGUCUGUCAAAACGGCUGCAGAUGCCUUUUCAGGUCUUUCGGAUCGCCUGGAUAUCCUUGUCAACAAUGCCGGUCUCAUGGCUUCCCCUGCUGGUGUAACAACUGAAGGCUAUGAAGUUCAGUUCGGCUCGAACUACAUGGGUCCAGCCCUAUUCACCAAACUUCUACUCCCAGUCCUUCUCCGCACAGCAGAGGCCCACCAGGCAGAUGUACGCGUGGUGAACCUAAGCUCGGAGCUGUUCAAACAGGCGCCUUCAGAUGGAGUGCAGUUGUCCCGCUGCAAGACCCCCAUGAACGAAAUCUCUAGCUUGGCACGAUAUGGUCAAUCCAAAUUGGCCGACUACUACCACACCCGUACUUUGGCCCAAUUGUACCCAAUUGUCAAAUUUGUCGCGAUUCACCCUGGAGUCGUGAAUACUGGACUGUUUGACGACCUGGCAAAGCGGCGACCUUGGUUGGGAGGAUUCAUCAAGGCACUUGGGUCCGUCUUUCUGACGGAUGUUAAGCAAGGAGCGCAUGCUCAGUUGUGGGCCAGCACGGCUGAUUCGAAGGUUGUGAGGAGCGGUGGAUUCUAUAACCAGAAAUUCAAGGAAUAUAAUGACAAGGUGCUGGAGGAUGAGAAGGCUACUCAGAGACUUUGGGAUUGGACUGAGGAGGAAUUUAAGAGCCACGGAUAUUAA